AUGUGUCGUGAACAAGGAAAUAUAGCCGAGGCAUACACAAGUACAUCUGAGCCCUUCUCCGGCGGCUGCUUCAAGGACGAAGACCCUCCUCGACUCACCGGAGGCGACGUGCCCUUGGACCUGCUGUUCGACAUGGCGGCAGUCUCGCCAUCGAGUUCGCCGCGCUUGCCUUCUCCUCCUCCCAUCCCAGAAGUCCAAUUCGGUCCUCAGAGCCCCGGAAUGGGUGACCUUUCCAAAGAAUUGUCCCUCGACGCGACCAGCAAGCCAGAUGAAGGCUCGGCACGGAGGAUCAGACCCGGCACGAGAGCGGCAGACAUGGCUUUGGGCCCUCCUCUUGUGCCUCUCAGCCAGCUCGAUUCACCUUUCCAACUCCAAGAACAUCUCAAAGCCCUCUACUCUCACCUCACCCACACACCUGGAUCUACACAUACGAUACCCAUAUCGAAAGAGACGGCUCUACAGCUUUCCACAGCCCCUCAGAUCAACGAGAACGAGUCGGUGGACCGAAACCUUUGGCUCUAUGAGCUCUGCAGAUUUCUCACAAUGAAGGCCAAUGUGGUCUCAAUAUUCCUCAUGAACGACAACCCUCCCUGCUCAGCCCAGACCUGCCCUGAAAUGCGCGCAAGCGAAUGGCAGUAUCUCUGCGCCGUGCACGAACCUCCAAAAUCCUGCUGCGCCAUUGAUUACUGUAACCACACACUUGACUGGGCUGCAAAUGUGCUCACGAGUCCGAAACACUUCCCAUCAAGACUGGCGCUAGGUGGUGAGGCGGGGAAUGUCAUCCAGAGUAUGCGCCAGCUCACCAACAUCUUCCGACGAAACUACAGAAUCUUCGCCCACGCCUGGUUUCAGCAUCGCGAUGUUUUCUGGUCAGUUGAAGCAACCUAUGGUCUUUACAUCUUUUUCAAGACAGUGUGUGAUGAAUACCACCUCAUCCCUGAGGACAGCUACACAAUCCCAGCAGAGGCAGAAGGAUUACCCGAAGAUUCCAACGAUCGAAAUGCAGCCCCAGCCUCAGAACCGGGCUCACGAAUGCAGAUAUUGCGAAAGGAUAAUCAGCCUGCGUCUUCAGAGAACAAUACCUCGUCUAACCCUUCCACCUCUCCUCCAACUACAACCACGAUAAGUACCGGUGCAACGACGCGUCGGCACAAGCAUACUCCAAGCACAGGAAGCCAUGUCGCAAUUAUACCCGAAGGCCACGAAGAAGAGGAAGAGAACACGACAACCACUAUUCCAGCCGUAACAGCGCCAGCUACGGAUACUGAACCCACGGCGAUGACUCCAGAGAAGCAAGACCCAUACCCGGAUCGAAUGCUACCAAAACUUGACAUUGGAGCCACCGUGCCCAAAUAUGAGCCACGUGCGCCUGAAGAUCCCACACCAACAGGAACAGGUGACGACGUCGAUCCGCUUGCUGCGACCCAGUCAACAGAGGCAGCUGACAGCAGCUCCAUCAAGACAGAAACACCCAUCAAACAGAAGAAACCUGAAGAAGACGAAGAAGAGCAAGAAGAGCAAGUCACAUCUCCUUCUGGCGGCAGUAUUCGUACAGGCGGUCCUGACGUAUUGAAGGCCAUCCUAGGACAUCUCGACGAUGAGCAUACCGAACUACCAAGCCCGAUCUUGAAGACACGAACAACGAGUCCGGACAAGGACCAGAUACCGGCGCCAGAAGCCGGCAACAGCAACACCAACACCAACGUCAAGGUCGAAGUCGAAGAGAAAGUUGAUGACGAGGACGACGAGCCCGUCAAGGAGAUGGCUGCUGAAAGCACAGAACAGCCCGAGGAAGACGAAAAGGAAAGAUGAGUGUCACGCCGUCAAAGAAUCGAAGCACGAGCACGAGCAAUAUAUUGGAAUCGAUUCACGCGGAUUGGCACGAUACCAGUUGGUGUUUCUCACCUAUAAUGUACAGUAUGAUGGUAGAGAGCAUAGCCAGCUGAUGAUGAGGACGCGGCUAGCAUUAUAGUUGGUCUGAUGACUGACAGCGAAUCUUUCAAGCAUAAAGUGCGGGAGCCUUCAGGCUCUUGCACAACGAUGAAGCGAGUGGGCAUGACCAUAAGUCGUGGGAAUAGAAGGUUCAGACAGCAGGCGAGUCCAAUUUUCUUUGUUUUCACAUUCUUCAUCUUUUGCGCGCAGUGUAAGGUGCUCUGCCAAUGGUACUUCCUAAAACAUAUCAUACAUGAUACACAGACUCGCUUCGCGGAGUCAAACCGGGCAUGGUGUUUUUCGGCACACUACAGACAGAAAGAGCGCGCUUAACUCCCGCCAGGAUAACCAGGCCUCAACUUGGCCAUCCGUGGCUCGAUGAGUGGAUGCCAUUGAGCUAGGAAUGUUAUUGCUUUGAGAUUAUCAAGUGUCAGUAUAAGAUUUCCUUUCAGGCGAAAUGGAGCAGAGCGAAAUGACGAGGACCAGGCAUGGAGGAGGACAUACCCCACAUGAUAUAACAGCUAGCAAAGCUGAGGAUCAGGGUGCUUCGCCAUAUCCUGGUCAUUCAGUUAGCUUUGGAUCCAACCGGGCAAGGAGGGUGGAAGAGGAAUAGCAGAAGGGGAAGAAAAGUGAACGACGUACGUCUGGUUCUCGCCCUUUGGGCUGAGGAAGUAUGCACCGACACUAAGGGCGACAAUGACCACGAGGCCUAUCAAAAGGGACCAUCUGCCACAGCAUAUCAGCAUGAAUUCCUCCACGAGUGCUCUGUUCAGUUGAGGUGGUGAGCGAGGGGCCGCGAAGGAAGAAUGCAGGAUGCAGGUUGAGGAUAUAGAUGGCCAGGCGAUGGCACAACGAUGCCGAAAAGAAGAUAGGGAUGCUGAUCGAAGGUCAUGCUGUAUGACCGUAUGCACCGAAAUGCUGUUGCAGCGAAGAUGGGUAGAGACGGCUGUCAUAGACCAUCUGCUUUCAAGGUCCUCCCACCGAGCGUUGUCUGUAGUGGAGGGCAUUGUAUUCGCACAUGUAAAG